GUGUUUGCUCUCAGUCCUCGCUGUGUUUAGAGAGAGAAGGAGAGUGUGAGUCAUCAUGCCAGGGGUUCUGCUAGGAGACGUUUUCCCUAACUUUGAAGCGGACACGUCUAUUGGCAAGAUAAAAUUUCACGAAUUCUUGGGCGACUCAUGGGGCAUCCUGUUCUCUCACCCACGCGACUUCACCCCUGUGUGCACAACCGAGCUGGCUUGUGCUGCUAGGCUCAGUGAUGAGUUUAAGAAGCGCGGUGUGAAGAUGAUCGCGCUGUCCAUAGACAGCGUGGCAGACCACUGUGCCUGGAGCAAGGACGUGGUGGCACUUCACUCAGAAACAGCAGGAAGUCCUCUGCCAUUCCCCAUUAUAGCAGAUGAUAAGCGGGAGCUCUCGGUUCUACUGGGAAUGCUGGACCCUGAUGAGCGGGAUAAAGAUGGCAUGCCCCUUACUGCCCGCUGUGUGUUCGUUAUUGGGCCUGAUAAGAGGUUGAAGCUGUCAAUCCUUUAUCCUGCCACCACAGGACGCAAUUUCACCGAAAUCCUUCGGGUCAUCGAUUCCCUGCAGCUGACGGCAAGCAAAAAGGUGGCUACACCUGUGGACUGGAAGCCUGGAGAAGAAGUGAUGGUUAUCCCCUCUCUCUCAGAUGAAGAGGCCAAGAAGCUUUUCCCUGCUGGAUUCACCACCAAGGAACUGCCUUCUGGGAAAAAAUACCUGCGCUAUACCCCACAGCCAUAAACAAAACAGCAGGGAUGUCAAGAUUCAAGAGCAUCAUAGACAUAGCACUUCUUUCUGCUAUUAGCCUAAUUAUUUUGUUAACGAAUUCAGUCAGCUCAACUAUAUGGAGCCUGUAUCACUCUGAAUUUUCUAUCUGACACUAAUUAAGUGAAAAUGUGGCUGAAGCAAGACGAUAAACAAAAGACAAGUAAAGUGUGGAAUGUACUUCACUCUAAAUUGUAGUGCCUUACACACAAUAAAGAUAUCUUUUGGAAAAA